ACGGUCCCCAGGACUAGCGGCCAGAGGCUAGGGCGCCCAUUGCGCGCAUCAGCCACCAUCGCCCUUAUUCCGGGCUUUCUCAAAACUAUAACCGCGAAGGGCAACUCGAUUGGGUGGGGAAAGACACUGUAGCAUGUGAAACAUGCACGAAAUGUAGAAUACGUUGGACCAGUGUCGAAACUGUCAGUGAUGAAAGGCCAAGUUGUGUUCCCUGUCGCCUCCCUGCUGAGCUGGUGGGAGUGGCUGCUUCCCUCGUCAGCAUGGCCGAGGAGAAGAAGCUGAAGGUGAGCAGCACGCAGCUGCCGACAGAGUCCAUGAAGGCCAUGGCCGAGUCGAUGGGCAUCGGGCAGGUGCCCGAGGAAACCUGCCAGCUCCUCGCCGAUGAAGUCAGCUACCGCAUCAAAGAGAUUGCCCAGGAUGCACUGAAAUUCAUGCGGAUGGGGAAGCGGCGAAGUCUCACAACUGGAGACAUUGACUGUGCUCUCAAGCUGAAGAACGUCGAGCCGCUGUACGGGUUCCACACGCAGGAGUUCAUCCCGUUCCGUUACGCCAGUGGCGGGGGCCGCGAGCUCUACUUCUACGAGGAGAAGGAAGUGGACCUGAGUGACAUCAUCAACACACCCCUCCCCCGCGUCCCCCUCGAUGUCUGCCUCAAGGCACACUGGCUCAGCAUAGAAGGGGUCCAACCUGCCAUCCCAGAAAACCCCCCGCCAGCCCCCAAGGAGCAGCAGAAGGCCGAGGCCACGGAGCCCCUGAAGGCCACCAAGCCUGGCCAGGAGGAUGAAGGUGCCCUCAAAGGCAAAGGGCGCAGUGCCACGCCACCAGAGGGCAAAGGAAAAGAAAAGAAAGCCCCUCUUUUGGAGGGGGCGCCCCUGAAGCUGAAGCCACGCAGCAUCCACGAGCUCUCCGUGGAGCAGCAGCUGUACUACAAGGAGAUCACCGAGGCCUGCGUGGGCUCCUGCGAGGCAAAGCGGGCGGAGGCCCUCCAGAGCAUCGCCACCGACCCCGGCUUGUACCAGAUGCUGCCGCGGUUCAGCACCUUCAUCUCGGAAGGGGUGCGAGUGAAUGUCGUGCAGAACAACCUGGCCCUGCUCAUCUAUCUCAUGCGGAUGGUCAAAGCUCUGAUGGACAACCCCACCCUCUACCUGGAGAAAUACCUGCACGAGCUGAUCCCCGCCGUGAUGACCUGCAUCGUGAGCCGGCAGCUGUGCCUCCGGCCGGAUGUGGACAACCACUGGGCCCUGCGGGACUUCGCGGCCCGCCUCAUCGCCCAGAUCUGCAAGAACUUCAGCACCACCACCAACAACAUCCAGUCGCGCAUCACCAAGACCUUCACCAAGAGCUGGGUGGACGAGAAGACGCCGUGGACGACCCGGUACGGCUCGAUCGCCGGCUUGGCCGAGCUGGGGCACGACGUGAUCAAGACGCUGAUCCUGCCCCGGCUGCAGGUGGAGGGAGAGCGUGUCCGCGCCGUGCUCGAGGGGCCCGUGGUCAGCAAUAUCGACAAGACUGGAGCCGAUCGUGUCCAGAGUCUCCUGCUGAAGCACUGUGCACCAGUCCUGGCCAAGCUGCGCCCCCCACCGGACAACCAGGAGGCCUACCGGGUGGAGUAUGGGGCCUUGGGCACCCUCCUCUGCACCCACGUGGUCAAGGCCCGGGCCCAGGCUGCCCUGCAGGCCCAGCAGGUGAACCGCACGACCCUCACCAUCACCCAGCCCCGUCCAACGCUGACGCUGUCCCAGGCCCCCCAGGGAGGGGGCAGCAGUGCCUCGCGUGCCCCCGGCAUCCUCAAGAUGUCCAGCUCCAUCACGCUGCCCAUGCAGACCCUCGUCUCGGCCCGCCCGGCCACCCCGACGCAGCCGUCGCCCCCCCCCACCAAGUUCAUCGUCAUGUCCUCCACCUCGGGCACGUCGACCUCCCAGCAGGUGAUCACCCUCAGCGGCAGCCCUGCGGCCACCUCCACCUCCCCCGUCACCACCACCGUGCCCAGCAUGCAGCCCCUGGUGAAGCUGGUUCCGGGGGGGCAGGCGGCCCCCAGCCCCCCCGUCUCGGGCAACCUGCAGAAGUACAUCAUGGUCUCUCUGCCGUCGGCCGCGGAGGGCAAGGCGGGGGCUGCCCAGCUCUCCCCCUCCUCGGCGCCACCUGGCCUGGCGCUCUCUGCCGGCGGCAUCAAGCAGGAACGCAGCGACAGCCCCCCCGGGCCCGGCAGCGCGGGCACCACGGCCGCCACCGCCUUCCUCGCCAAGGCCAACGGGGCCCAGGCCCUGGUGCCCGCCUCCCCACAGCCCUCCCUGUGAGGAACGUGCCGGGCGGCCCGCUUUUCUGCGUGGGGCAUGGACGCCGGGCUGCGGAAGGGGGCCGGCUCUUCCUCGGCCGGACGGACCGCCUGCGGCUUUCCACAGGA